GAAUUUUGGAUGAGGAAUUUCAUAACUUCAUGGUUUGCACAUGAAUCCUUGAAUUUUCAAUCGUGAAUUUUGAGGUACGAACAGAAGCCGAAGAGGAAGAACAGAGAAACUUCAGAAGGAAGGGCCCCCUCCCAUGAUGAGAACCAUUAUUAGACUGUGGUGUCAUGAGGCUUGUAGAACAUACUAUGAUAGGAUAGUGUCAACAGAUGACCAAUCCUGGUUUCGAAAUACCCUAGAAGAUGUCAUCCAGACCUUCUUCUGUGGAGGCCCUCCCAAGAAACAUAGACCAAGUCCACCUCCCAUGCCCAUUCCCAUCCCGACUCCGGACAAAGUGUGUGAGGGAACUGAAGCAAGUGAAGAUCAGGAUGACUCUAGCCAACAGGCUACUCCUCCCUUGCCAGCCUCCCCUACACCUACCAUGAAUACUGUGACGGAUGACGCUGAAGAAACUCAAGAGGGGGCUAUAACUGACGGUGAUGGCGACCAAGGAGUGUUUGAAACAAGCACCCCGCCCCUCCCACUUCCUCACAAUGACACCCCUCUUGACACGAAUGGUGAAGGCCCAGCUGGAUUUGAUGCCGAAUCAGAAAUCAGCAUCGCGUCAGCAGUGAGCUCAUUGGAUGUGCCUCUCGAUUUGAAAGUCGAGCCUACCAGUACCCCCGCCCCGGUACCAGCAAUAGUUAAGGACUUAGCACCAGACUCGGAAACCUCCCAGUCCCCGAAGACAUUCCAGCCCUGCCCCCCUCCAAGGAUCAAGACCCUGCAGCCGACGCCCCCCUCCCAGCCGAUGGUGCCCCCUGCCAUCAAGAAGGACGGGGAGGAGAGCAAGACGAGGGUGGGACUGAAGCGAGGGGUGACGUUCAAACCAGGAUUGAUCCACACCGACGCUAACGAGGAGGAGCAGGAUGUCUUCAAGGGACCAUUGAUUGAGAUGAGUCGGCUGAAAGAUCCAGAAGAAGAUUUAUGUGCAAUAAUAUUUGCAAAAUUUGUUCCUGGAAUUGGAAAAGAAGGAAACUAUGUGGAGUACACUGAGCCCAAGAUACAAGCUGGUCUGGAGUCCUGUCUCGCUCAGUACAAUGCAACAGCCCAACAGAAAAUGGAACUUGUCUUCUUUACAGAAUCCAUCCGACAUAUCGCCAGGCUGACUAGAGUACUCGGUUCUGAGAAUGCCAACGCCUUGUUGAUAGGCAUGACCAACGGCACUGGACGUUCUUCCCUCACGCACCUCGCCUCUUACAUGGCCCGUUGUAAGCUCUAUACCCCUCAGCUGACGAGGGAUCCUGUUGAGAAUAGACGAAGGCUGCGGAACCAGAUGAAGCGAGCCAGCAAAACGGCCGGACUGGUUGGGAGACCGGCUGUCCUGCUGGUCAAGGAGGAGAUAGGACCAGAAGCCAUGGAGGAUUUGUGCUGCAUGAUAAAGGAAGGGACAUGUCCUGACCUGUUUACGGGUGAGGAGCUCGAGUCCUUUGCCUCUCAGAUGCUGACGGGGGCCAAGGUCGUCCCAGGGCAGAGGAACCAGCGUCUUGAGAUGGCCCAAGAGAGAUUACUGAGGACCAUCAUGAAGAAUCUCCAUGUGGUGGUCUGCAUGGAUUGUCAAGAUCACAACUUGACCAGUCUUACAGAUCGGCUGAAGAGGUAUCCCGUUCUACUGACCAGCCACUGUGUGGACAGCUAUCUCCCAUGGACUCAGGAGGGACUAGCAAGAGUAGCGCAGCAUUGGCUCAAGGUUCCUACCAGAGAUGCUUACACUGACAAGCGUAUCGUACUCCCUUGGCCCUCGCACUUUCAAGACCCAGGAGUAGAAGCUCUUUGCCAGGCCAUGGCCUAUGUGCACACCACUGCCGCGGCUACUACGGAGAGGCUCUACGUCAAACCGUUCAAAUUCUUCACUCCAAGCAACUAUCUGGAUUUCUUGGAUCUUUUCAAGAAUCUAACAUACAAAAUCACCAAAGAGGAAAGGGCAAAUGUGAAGAAGUAUGAGCAGGCUUUAGAGAAGGUGAAUGAGGCGUUUUCCAGCAUAUCUGAUUAUCACGGUGAGAUCACGACCCUCAAUCCAGAGUACCAGAUGGCUAAACAACGCACGGAACAGAUCCUAGAAGAGGUUCACGAGUGUGAGCAAAUUUUUGCCGAUGCAAGGGGUAAUUGUACCGAGGAUGAAAGGGACAUUCUGGCGUUGCAGGAACCGCUGAACGAUAUGAAGAAAGAAGCGCAGGCGGAGCUGGAUAAGGUGAAUCCAGUGUAUGAAGCAGCACUCCAUGCCUUGCGGAGCCUGGACAAGGCCGCACUGAAUGAGCUACGUACCUUCCAUGCUCCACCAGCCAAGGUCAUCAACGUCAUCAAUGCUGUAUGCCUCAUGUUCAGACAGCCGAUGGACUGGUCCAACGGCAAGGUCCUCAUCAACCGCAAGAACUUCUUCCAGGAGCUGGAGUUCUACGACAAAACCUCCAUCCCCACCGACAUCUUCCACAAGCUGAACAUCCUCUUCAUCCAGGACCCGACCUUUGACCCCGAGGUCAUCAAGACGGCCAGCGUCGCGGCCAGCUCUCUGUGCAUGUGGGUGCACGCCGUCUACGCCUACGCCGUCAUCCAUCGCAACAUGAGACCGAAGCUGCAAGGCGUUGAGGAAGCAGAGGCCAAAGUUCAAGAGGCACAAGGUCACCUUGGUAGCAAGCGUGUGAAGGCACAGGAUAUGAAAGGUCUUCUAGAACAGAAACGCAAGGAAUACCAAGAGAGUAUCAGACAGGUCAAGCUUUAUGAGAAGAAAAUUCAGGCCAUUGAAGCGAAGAUCAAGGCAGCAUCCGAUCUGAUGGACAACAUGGAGGAACAGCACCAGAGCUGGAAGGAGAGCCUGGACCUGUCCAACAACCACCUCAAGACUGCUCCAGGGGACUCCCUCCUGGCAGCAGCCUGUACCACCUACAUGGGCCCAAUCGAUGAGACCACGAGGGCCCUGGUGCUUGCUGAUUGGCUGCAUGCCUGCAGGAACGGGAGGUACCAAGUCGGAGCGGGGAGGGCCAGCGCGAUGAGCGGGAUGGAGAAUUUAUUGGCAGCGAGUCCUGCCCUGAAUGCGGUUCAAGAGGUCAAUGCUGAUACGGCCCAGGGAAUCCUCCCUGAUGACGAGAGCCCUUCAGCAGAAGUUGAUCUUCCUGCGCAGCUGUCGGUCAUCGACGAGGACAAUGACGAUGGCAGCCGUGGUUCAACAUCAAGGAGAGAUCAGCCAGAGUCGGAGAUAAACCCCGCCGUUCCCAUCAGGCAGAAUUUCACUGUCGAAGACAUCCUUAGCGAUAAAGAGGAGCUCAUCAGCUGGAGGCACAGCAGCAGAGUGGUGUGCGACCAGUUCUCGGUCGACAAUGCGCUGUAUGUCCGUGCAUGCAUAAUCGGAAGACGGCGUCAGUGGCCGCUUUUGAUUGACCCAGACAACCAAGCCUUGAACUGGAUAGUGCAGCUGAAGGAAACGGGAUUGGCCAGUUUCCACGAAACAGUCUACGAAGAGGAAGAAGAGGAGGAAUCUUUAGUCCAGGAUGGGGAACUGGAGGAAGAACUGAACAAUCCGGAGCUGACGGAGGAUCGUCUGAUGGAGAGCAGGAACCUUGAGAGUGCAGCAACCUCUAACUUUGCCCUGAGCAGGGCAGACCAGAGCUCUUUAGGAGGAGAGACGGACUACGGGACAGAGUUUCCGGAAACACCUAGAACCUUGACAACAAAUGGUGGAGUGACGCCCAAGGACAACAUGAGCGAGAAGGACUUCGACAUCCACAGCGUGGGCACCAGCCUCCUCUCCGCCAACUCCCACCCCAUCUCCGUCGACCUGGACGGGGCGCGACCCUUCUCCGACCUCUGGGUGGUGUCCGCCGACGACGUUCUCCUGGAGGAGAGGCUUAUUCAGUCCAUCGUGAUGGGACUGAGUCUGGUCAUCACAAACCUCGAGAGGCGGGACUUCGACGUGAGGUUCAGCGAUGUGAUGAAUAGGAAUAUCGUUGAAAACGAGGAAGGAGAGAAGUCGGUCAGGAUCGGAAGUCACAUGUACAGCUACAACACCAGGUUUGCUCUCUACCUGACCACCUCUGUGCCUUUAGAGUUAGAAGGUGCUGGUUUUCUGAAGCCCCACACCGACCGGUUUUCUGUCAUCGAUAUGUCGGUCAAUCAGGAAGGCUUGACCACCCGUCUCCUCAUGGAUGUAAUGGACGCCGAAAGACCAGACUUCGCCAACCAUCAGCACUCCAUCAAAUCUGAUAUCAGAGGACAUAAUAAGAUGCUCCAAGAAACAGAUCUGGACAUUCUGAACAAGGUGAUAGAGUUGAAGCAUGGCAUUCUUGAGGAUGCCGUCUGGGGAGACACCUUGAAUGCCCACCACACAACGAUCCAGGAAACCACCUCUCACCUCAAGGAAAGCUGCAACCUCCUGGCGCAACUCCUGCAGAAGCAGCAUCCUUAUCGGUCAGUCGCAGAGCAUGGCGCCCUCCUCUUCUUUACCAUCAAACGCAUCUGGCAGCUCCUUCCAACGUACUACAUCCCUCUCCGGCGCUUUAUCCGCUGGUUCGGCAAGACGAUUGGUGCACGCGAGAAGGACCGCACGGAUACCGCCUCACUCAAGGCUCGGGCAGUGGAGCUCUGUAAUGCUUUGACGAAAGAGAUUCACGCCCAUCUCUCUUGUGGAUUCUUCCAACACCACUCUGAUCUCUUUGUGUUUCUUGUCGCCAUGGAGAGAAUGAGGUCGUCGAAGGAGAUAUCGCAAGCUGAAUGGGACCUUCUCGUCUCUGGGCUGGAUGGAGCAGUUAUCAAAGAACGCGAUGCAGUCUUUGAUGAAGUCAAAGAUAGCUUUGCUAUUCCUGAGUGGCUUACAAAUGAGAUUUGGAUCAAGUGUGGCCAUCUAGAACAGCUGGUGCCAGCUUUCCAGGGCCUUCGGCAAUCCAUGCUGCGUCACUCUAGCCAAUGGAAGGAAUAUUUCUCCUGCAAUCCGGUUCUCCUAGCUCCUGUGCCAGGUCCGGACCUUCAGGAUCUCAGCGUUUGCCAGAAGGCCCUGCUCUGGCGGGUGGUCCUGCCUGACCGACUGGCUGUGAUUUGCAGGCACCUGGUGGUCUAUGAACUUGGUGCCCACACGGGACAUCCUGAGGUGUACAAUGCAGAGGAAGUCCUCAAGAGUACCUCCAAGAAUAUCCCCUUGAUCUUUGUCCUUCCUGCAGGCUACCAUGAAGGGAAGCAGACUGGCAUGGAAGGUCACACGGUUAUCGAUCCACUCGCUGAGAUCACCCUUUACUGCAAGCAGAAGGAUGUCCGCACAGUCAUCAACACUGUCUCUCUUGGUAAUGAGAAGCAGAUGAGCCAGGCCGUAGAUGCCCUGCAGGAGUGUAUCGCGAAUGGCCAUUGGCUGAUUCUCAACAACUGCCAGGCUGUCGACCAAUGGAGCGAGGAGUUCCUUCAGAUCAUCCAGCACAUUGUGACUCCUGCAUCUAAUGUUGAAAAAACCCUGCCUGCCAAGCCCGUAGAGAAGACAAAGCGGGACGACGCAACGACAACAGACGCAAUGUCCCAAGCUGCUCCUAGUCAGUCCAGUAUCUACGAGGGUAUAGAGGUCCAUUCAGACUUCAAACUGAUCUUCGUCACGACAGCAGAUAGCAAGACACCUCUUCCAGGGUUGGUCGUACAGAAUGGCAUGCAGGUGGCAUGUCAGACCAAUUCAAACUUCAAGGCAACGCUGAGGACGUUCUUCAACCAAGCCAUGGCUGCCGUGGACCAACAUAGACACAUGGUCACCACAACCCAGGCUAAGAGCUUGACAGAGUUGGUGUUUUGUAUGGCCCUUCUCCACACGGUACUCUCACACCGAAGGAUGUUUUAUCAGCUUGGCUUCAACAAAGACUACUCAUGGGGCGUGUCCGAUUUGAAAGCUAUGAUGUCAUGUCUUAAUUGGUGCUAUAAGGGGGAAUCCCCGUGGGAGAGCAUCAAGACGCUCAGAACCUUCAUCAGCCAGCUGGUGUACGGUGGUCAUGCUGAUAUUCUGGAUGAUGCAGAGACCGUGAAUGCAUUGAUUGACAGCCUUCUACAGCCAUGGGUAAACCUCAAGAAAAUGCCCUCUUCAAUGGGAGCAGCCUCUCUCCUUGCCUCUCUUGUAAAUGAGAUGAGUCGAGGGAGGCGUUCUGGUAGCUCUGGUGGUAACAUUGUUGCCAGGAGAUUCCAGCAUUUAUUCAAUACUAUGCAGGACGAUGUGGAACCGGCCCAUCUUGGGCUGCCACCCUCUUCACAGCAGCUUCAAGAAGAACGGUCAAGCAGGUAUUUGUCCGAAGCUUUGCAGGCUCUUGAGCGCUAUAGGCCUGACCAUCACACCUGGUACCACCCGUCCUUGCCCAAGAUCCUUCUCUCCCUGGAAGAAGAACUCACCAGCAUCCCACCGCUGCCACCGCCACCUCCAGAAUCCCUCAACCACCUGCAGAACUUCAUCUCCAGCGAGGUCUCUGUCCUGUCCUGUUUCCUGGAAAGGGUCCACGCCGAUGUAGAUCUCCUCCUCAAGGCAGUGGUAGGCGAGGCAGCCCUCGCGCCAGACAUCAACGAUAUCCUGUCUGCUCUCAGCUCCAACGUCAUCCCAUCCAGGUGGGCCCUUCGAAAGGGUGGUGUCCCGCCAAACAGGACGUUGCUGCCUGACUGGUUGAAGGACUUGAGGAAGAGAGUAGAGACAUUGCAGGGAUAUGUGGAUGCUGGUGAAGCAGUGUCCCCGUACUACAGACUGGACUCCUUUUCUCACCCAGAGGCAUUCAUGGAUGCUGUUAUGUUAGAACACGGGAGAAAGGAAUAUCUUGAGCUCCACCAGCUUCAGAUGAACAUUGAGGUGACGGGCAUGGAGCGAUGUCCAUCAAAGCCCCCAGAACAGGGGGUCUACCUGUGGGGCCUCACCCUGCACAACGCCGGCUGGGACCCCAAGCGUUCUGUCAUCCAGCUUCCGACCACCAACACCCCAUCCCACCAGUCGUCGGCCCUCCCUGUGAUCUGGCUCAAGCCUGGACCCAUUGCAGACCCUGCUCGGACAGGAAGCGAGAAAGGAUCGCCACUCUCCACCUUCCUGUGUCCGGUCCACUGUGGAGAUGUCCAUCCCGAGGAGCUUCAUAGGAGCGAGGCCGUCCUCAAGGUUGACCUGUCCUGUACCUUGGAUUCCAACAUGUGGAAACUCAAGAGAGUCUAUGCCACAUCUUCAUAGAUUAAUUACAACAAUAAUGUCUCCUUUAGCCAUGGUUUAUUCACUUCAGCCCAGUAGGUGAUCUAGUAGGCCUAGGGACCUGGCCUUGAAGGAUUAUCUGCAGUAUUGCCAGUGGGAGUGCUCGGACAAUGCCCAGCACCCCUAGUAAAAAAUGUUUAAUAAUCCUCCAUGGCUAGGUCCCUGAGUAGGCCCUGUAUAACAUAAUAAGAUAUUACCACUCGUCUACUUUCCAUUGUGUUGAGUGCAGAUUGUUAGAAGGCUACAAAGAUUCGGCCAAGGAUUGAACCUACAACCUCCUGUUUAUGAGUUGGGGCUCUACUACUGAGCCACAAUACCGGGAAUGUAGGCACUUUACCAUUGGCUGAUCUUCAAAAGCCCUCUUUAACAUUAUAAGUUAUGACAACCCAUUUGCUUUCAAUUAUGUCAAGUGCCCAACCAGAAUGCAGAAGGUUUUUUAUUUUGUUAAGUCUUUGGUAUGACUCUGCCGAAGGUUGAACCUAUGACCUCCCGCUCAUGAGGCAGGGGGCCUGCGCUACUGAGCAACCAUGCCCAGUAUGUCUCCACUUUCUAGACAACGGAAACAAAAGAUCAUUUCUCUUGCCUCGGUUUGUCUUAUAUACAUUGGGUGAUUUCAAAUUCAGUGUUGAUCUUCCGGUGUUGGUGUUUGGUUUCCCACUUGAAUAUAACACCAAACAUAAAUGAAGACGGUCCUGAAAAGUCACUCACUAGGUGUUGAGCUGUCAAUAGUGUGAUAUGGAUCACUUGUGUAAACUCGGAAUAGGUUUUGGAGCCAGGAAACAUAAUCCAAAUUGCUUCUAACACCAACACUGAACUUGAAAUCACCCAUUACCUUGACAGAAUGAGUAGAUUAAUGAUCUUGUAUGCUUGCAAUAAUUCAAUUGGAAUUGCAAUCUUAAUAAGGAGAGCUGUAAUCUAUUCGUACAUUGGACUUUCUCUAUUGUCACUCUGCUUCAUGAGCUUUGGAAUUGAAGCCAUGAUAAUUUGAAAGCAUUAUAAAUGUUCAACUUUAAUUCAUCAGAAUUUUGUGUCUAUAAAUUGGAAAAUAUCAAAUUCCGUCCAAUUAUAUAUAUAUGCCAUGUCACAAAAAUAACUCUGUUUUCAUUUUUACUGUAUUUCGAUGUCAGAUAUCUGAUUGAACUUGCAAUUAUUAUGUAAUACCUUUAUUAUACAGUGAAAUACAAAAGAAAUAUUGAACCAGAAGUAUUUUAUAAAAUUGUGUUGAUAUACAUACAUGUACUAUAAAUUGUGUAUACUCACAUGUAGAUAUAUAUUUAUUGUUAGUUUUAAUGUACAGCUUAUGCAAAUUUAUCAGGUUGUUUUUCAUUUGAUUGUUGUGAAGUUUAAUACAGCCCAAAUAAAUCAAUCAAAAUGGGAUAAGAUUAUGUUGCGAGUAUGCUUUCAAACACUUUAUUGUUCAUCCAUCCAUAUUUCUACAUUCAUGUAUUAAUGUAAAAUUUUAUGCAGAGAACCUUGAUAUCAUUCCAUCCAUUAAACUUUAUUCUGGUCACGCAAAUGUAUUUCUAUGAUAUCCUGAUGUAUGAUGUAUAGUAUAUAGAAAGAUUAUUAAAUGUAUUUCAGGAAUGUUUUUACUACAAAUUUUACUUUCAAUGUAGUAGGUUGGAAAAGAUAUAUAUACAUGUAUAAACUGUUCUGUAAGAUAUGAAAUUAGAGAAUUGAGGAGAUAUGCAUGUGGAAAAACCUUGUGGAGUAAUUUCCUGUAUUAAUGAUGUGCCAUACAUCUUGGGACUGCAGAAAUCUGGGUCACCGUCUUUCAAAGAGUUACGAUUGAUUCGAUCAAACACAACCAUGGAAAGCCAGCAACAUCAACAUCUGAAGUUCAUAUUUGUUCAAAAUAUUUUAAAGGUUAUGAUGUAUAUUCAUAAAUUCAUUGUUUCCUUGAAAAUUCAGUGUACCUCACCCGCGACUGACUGGAAUACUCCCCAGGGAGUGGAGGAUGUGCACACAUUGUGUGCGGGAAUGACUGAUUGAAUCCGAUGACCGGGGUAAUAAUAUAUCUGUAAAGCGCUUAGACACGUCGUUCCGAUGUAUUAAGCGCUAUAUAAAAAACGGAUUAUUAUAUUAUUAUUUCUUUACAAAGGACAUUGUGCAAAUUUCCUGUGGAAAAAUUAUGACAUUGAUGGAUUUUCAUACAGAUGAGAUUGAUCAGAUCAAUCGUAACUCUUUGUAAGACGGGGCCCUGUUCCACUUAAAGCGAAAUUCUACUUCAAAGAUUUAGAUAAGACAUGAUUUUGUUCAAUCUUGUGGAUGUGUUUCACAGAGAGUUAAUAGGCAUGACUAAAAGUUGCUUUUCAGUUCUAAAUUGCGUGGAAUGUAAGAUUCAUCAUUAUUUUUUGCUCAGAGGAUGCAAGCUACUUUUUGUUAUUCAUCAAUGAGAUUGUGGGUUCAAUGUUAUGAUGCGUUAGGUGCUUUGGCUUUUAUGCAUGACUAUAAUUCACACUUAAAUCUUCGUGAAAUUGUCCCCGGGUCUAAAAAAUUGCGGUGACUGAGAGAAGAUUGACAUAAUAUGCAGACUCUGCUCUAUGUGCUAUUAGUGACUUAAAAAAAAAGGAAAACUUCAUGUGCAGGCAUUUUAGUCGAUCCCACCUAAAGAAUUAUUACUUUCCUGUCCAUGCAUGUUCUCUAUCUAAUUAAAUUAACUCUUCCAUUCUAAAUAGUUGAAAUACCUUGAGACUUGUAUAUGGAUUUAAAUAAAGAGUUUUUUUAUAUUUUAUAUUCAUAGUUGUAGAUAUGUAAAAGAAAUGCAAAAUGACUGUCAGAAAAGAUAAAGCUAUAAAUGCAACACAAUUUUCUAUUGCAGAUUUUACUUGUAUUCAUUUUAGAGUGCACACAUGAUGUAAUGCGUACAUGAAUAUAUUUGCUCAAAGUCUUUCUUUAGUAAUGGUUUAUCAAUGUUAAUAUGCCUGGUUAAAACAUUCCACUUGUUAAUGAUAUGCUUUUACAUUCAUAGCUUUUUCUGUCAAAUAAUUCAGAUCCUAAAUCACAUGUAUAUAAUACAAUAUUGUUGUACUUAGAAUGUAUUUAUUGUGAAGUUUGUGUUAAAAAAAAAACAGAUUGUAGUGUGAUAAUAAACAUGAACAUAAAUA